AUGGAUCUCUUUACCUAUUACGAACCCUCUCGGGUCUGGAUCUGUAAGCCCUGCCAGUUCGCGGUUCCACCGAGGCAUCUGCAGGAACACCUCCGGACACGUCACUCCACCCAUCCCACUGCGACCACUGGGGCCCUCCGACAAGACACCUACCAGCGAAUGUCCAAACGGCCCUGGCUGGACCCGACCCGAGAGCCCUGCAUCUACCCCGAUGCUGGAAGCCCGCCGAUCCCACACCUGCCGGUAUACACCGGGUAUCAGUGCCCUCGGUGCCGCUAUAUCGUCCGAGCCCCCAGAGUCCUUUUCAACCAUAUCCGGAAGACCCAUCCCGAACUGGGCCGACCGGUUGGCCGUCAAUGUACGACCGCCCGCUCCCAGGAGCUGGAAGCUCUCUACCGGGGACAGCCGCCGGAGUACCUAGGGACCUGUAAUCUGGCGGCAGCGGCCGACCUCAGCGCUCUUCCAGACCCCGGUCAAGAGCCUCUGCUCGUCCUGCUCGCCGAGAGCGUCGAGCGGCUCAUCCAGCGGUCCUACCGGACGAUCAAGGACCGCCGCAUCAAUGAGUUCGAUCAGGUCACCAUCAAUACCUUCCUCACACAACGACCCAAAAUCUGGGAUCGACCGAUCCAGAUCCACCUGAAGCCGACGACCUACGCGUCCUACCGGCGGGUGUGGCAGCGGCUGAUCUGCUUUAUCUACCGGACGAGCCGCCCGGACCAGACGGUCCUGCUCCGCCAUCAAUUCACGUCGGCCCAGCUCGCGGCGUUGGACCGGAUGGUCGAAGCCGGGACCCGGCUACUCCGGCGAACAAGAACAACCACAGCCACAACGACCGCCGCCGCCGCCGCUGCCACUGCAGCCACAGCUGCCAGCCUGGCUGAGCAGGAGAGGCUCGACCGGGCCUGCCUGGACCUGUCGAUCGCCCUGUUGGACCACCCCUUAAAGGGAGAGCUCUACGAGAGUGCCCUAGUGGGCUUCCUCGCCGUUCUUGGGAUCGACCCCCAGCGCCGGACGUUCCGGGAUCCGUACUCCUACACCCACUACCUCUCGGGGCUGGUGAAGAUCGCGCAGAUACUCGUUGCGGAACAGGCGGUCGCUCUAGCGGAGCGUGGCGACGAUGAGCAGACCCUCAGCUACCGCGAUCUCCGCCUGAGUAUGACCGGCCUCCGCGAUUUCGUCCGCACCCAGAUAGAGCUCGCGCAACAGAGCCUGGAGAACCUCUUCCUCCUCCAUAACGAGGAAACGCGAGGGCAGAUCGUCCCCGUCUUGCCCCUGGAGCAGCUGCAGGAUGAUCCGGUCAACAACACGCGCGGAUGGAACUUCCUGCAGCACCCCAGGAACGGGAAACCGGGACGGGAGACCGAGCUCAUCAGCCUCCGGCAUAGCAAUACCCUCCACGGACGCCACCGGAACAUCUUCAUUAAACAUGGGCUGGUAAGCACGGUGACCUCCUACCACAAGGGGUAUUCGAUCAGCAACUCCACAAAGAUCAUCCACCGGUACCUGCCCAAGCCGAUCAGCGAGCUCCUGGUCUACUAUCUCUGGUUAAUCCUGCCUUUCUGGCAGGCGAUCCAGCGACUCACCCACCGAUCGACGGGCCCGCGGUCGUCGUUCCUCUGGCCCAAGGCGACGGAGGGCACCUGGGACCCGAGCCGACUGCGGACCGUCCUGCAACGCGAGGCGGCGAUUCACCUGCAGACGAAGCUGAACGUUGCCUCCUAUCGGCAUGCCGCCAUCGCCAUCUCGCGUGUUCAUCUCAAAUGCGGCGGGUUCAAGCGGGACUAUGGCACGGAUUCGGCCGCGUUUGACGAGCAGGCCAGCCAUGGAACCUGGGCGGCGGGGACCGUGUACGCGCGGGGUCUGCAGGAAGCGCCCGGCCACGUGGAAGAACGGCGACGGCAGUAUCGGGCGAUCAGCCGCGAGUGGCAUCAGUUUUUGGGCUUUGCGGUCUCCCUGGGACCGCGGAAGCGUCCUGCAGAGGAUCCGCCAGAGGGUGCAAGGGCGAAGCGGACCUACAUCUCCAUCGAAAUGGAGAAGGACUAG